AUGUCCGCGAACACGGCGCUGCUUCGCCGCUGCCGGCACUGUCGCGUGCUGCUGCUGCUGCUGCUGCUGCUGCUGCCGAUGCUGGUGCCCGGCCGGGCGGCGCGGCCCCGCAGCCCGUGGCUCGGCGCCCUCGGCGCUCUGCUCGAGGACUGCCCGCGCGACGCCCUGGCCGGCUGCGCCCGCAGGCGCGCGCUCGCCGCCAUCGACCGCAUCCUCGAGGACGACACCGUGCCGCUCGUCGAGGGCCUCGAGCUCGUCAAGCUCCGCGAGCGCACGGCCAACGACAGCGUGACCGUCGCCGUCAGAGACCUGCUGAGGCGAGUCCGCGAGGGGGACUGUCGCACGGCGCCGCAGACUGCAGCGGAGCACGAGUGGACCGAGGAGGAGGAGGAGGAGGAGGAGGGCGGCUGGCGCGCUCGGCUGACCAGGCGGUUGGCGCGCGCGCUCGGCACCCACGCGGUCAGGAUCGACGCGGAGCGGCUGGCGCGCUGGGCCGGGGACGGCGGUGGCGCGGCCGUCGGCCAGGUGGAGUCGCGAGGUCGCAGGCGCCGCCGCCGGCAGAUGCAGAUGAUGCCGAUCGUCAUGAUGGGCGUGCUGCUGAUGGGCAGCGUGCUGAUCCCCAUGGGCUUCCAGUUCCUGGCGGUGCUGGGCGGCAAGGCGCUCAUCCUGGCCAAGAUGGCGCUCAUGCUGUCGAGCAUCCAAGGCCUGAAGAAGAUCGCCACGAACGGCGUGAACUACGGCCUCUACCACAGCCCCGUGCCGGAGCCCUGGCACGAGCGCAGCACCGCGGGCGCGGAGCUGCCGGCCUACUACGCGGCGCCCGGCUACCUGGACCCGGCCGGCCUCGGCUACCUGCAGGCGGGUCGGCGCUCGGCCGCGCCGCCGAGCGCUUAGCCAAGCGCCGUCGAGCCGCCCGAGCACGGCCAACGCAACUGGAGCGGCUCCUCCAGAGCUCUUUGCGCAGCUCACCUAUCAUUGUGCGUUUGACAUUGCGAAUAAAAGUUGUGAGUGUGAGGGAAGCAAUACUCGUUCGUUUCUUUAUCUCUUUUAAUCAUCAAUC